AUGUUUUGUGGCUCUAGGAUGUUCCUCUCGAGGGCGGCCACCGUCAUGUCCUUUACGCUCAGUGAGUAUGUCGGAUACCCCAAAUCAGCACUAUGGGCAACACUCACCCUCAAUCGUGAGUCUGCACGCCACCCGUGGGAAAUAGAAAUGCACAAAAGUAAGGCGAAGAUUUACCUUAAUGCCCUUCCCAAAACUCUUCUUGAAGAAUCGGUGUUGGCACGGGAGUUGCUAUGCGAUAAUAUCUCACGACCCGGUUUGCACACUGCACAGAUCUUAUCCGUGAACGGUGUGGCUGCAGACACCAUUCACUUGGUGCGACGCGCGAUGAAUUCUUCCAAUGUGCUUGAGCUACAGUUGCUGAUUCGUUCCAGGGAUCUCUCCAAGUCUCAGAAAUUCAUGAAGGGAAAAGUGAGGAAAGGGAGCAGGAUUUUGGCAGAGGGUCACAAGGCAGGCGUUGAAACUGAUGGUGCGACUGAAGAAAAAGUUGCAGGUGGUGCCCGAAGGGGAAGAGGGAGGCCGAGAUCUGAUUCGAGGGUAAGGAUGGCUGAGCCACCGCUUGUUUCCCCACCCGUCUCUUCAGCAAAUAUCACAGGAGCGCCCUUAUUGGCGCGGUGGCCUGCAGACGUCACGGAUCAAAAGAGUCGAAGAGGAAAGAAACCAUCAGACCUAACUAAAGUCAGUCCUCUCUUUUCACCUGCCGUUUCCCCCGGUGUCAGCAUUGUGCCAGAUAAAGAGGUCGCUCCACCGCCUGCUGAAUCAGAUGAAGUGGAGCAGUAUCACCUUUAA